AUGAACAACUCAUCUACAGAAGAAAAUUACUUCUGCCCGUCAUUAAUGCCAUUGGACAUGCCAUCGCCUCAAUUGAUGGCUGGGUCAUUUUUCAUCGCCCUUUUGUCACCAAUCACCAUCAUCUCGAACACAGCUCUAAUUUACGGACUGUACAGAAUGAAGCAGCUUAACACGAUCACAAACAAAUUCAUUCUCCUGAUGAAUAUUUCAGAUCUUGGCAUUGGAAUAUUCAUCAUGCCAUCAAUUACUGCAAUGAUUACUUUAAAAGACAAGUACCGCAACUGUACUUUUGAACAGGUUAUUCAAUAUGGCAUCUUUUUUCUCGUAUAUUUCUCCAUAUUCAUGUUGGUGUGUAUUUCUGUGGAUCGUUACCUUCACGUGAUGAAGCUCAAAAAGUACAAUGCGUUCAUGAACGAGUUUCGUAUGAAGGUUAUCGUUGUGUUUAGCUUCUUAACAUCAGCAAUAAAUGCUUAUCUAUCGAUCGCGAUUCCUUUCUUCCCGCUGCAAAUCAUGUUGAAUUUAUGCAAUUUGUUUUAUGUUCUGUUUAUGUUUAUCUUGUAUUCGACAGUGCUUCGCAGAAUUGCAUUGAAUGCUGAGAAAAUCAAGAGAAUGCUUAGAGAUGCCGGAGAAGAUUCGGGUAACCGAAAAACAAGACGAGAAAUCUCGGCAACAAAAACGAUUCGCUUUGUCUUAGGUGCUUUGCUAGUUCUUUAUCUACCGUACAACAUUUGCUCCACAAUAUGGACGUAUUACAAAUACCAGUUGAAGAGGAAUCCCCCAUUAAUCAUGAACGUACUAGAAUCUUGGGCCUCCAUUUUCCUGUUUAGUAAUGCGACAAUAAACGCUAUCCUAUUCGCAUAUGGUAACAGCGUUGUGAGAAGAUUCUUGAUCGGCAAAUUCUUCAGAAGUCGUGUUGUCCCGAACAAAACUUCACCUGCUUUUCCAGCAAAUUUGAAUUAA